AUGCAGAUACCCCUGUUCCACGUGACCCCGGACUCGGAAAAUGAUUUUGGAAACUACAACUGCACCGCAGUGAACCGCAUUGGACAGGAGUCUCUGGAAUUCAUCCUUGUCCAAGCAGACACCCCAUCCUCACCAUCCAUCGACCAGGUAGAGCCAUAUUCGAGCACAGCACAGGUGCAGUUUGAUGAGCCCGAGGCCACAGGUGGGGUGCCCAUCCUCAAAUACAAGGCUGAGUGGAAAGCAGUGGGCGAGGAAAUGUGGCACUCCAAGUGGUACGAUGCCAAGGAAGCCAGCAUGGAAGGCAUCGUCACCAUCAUGGGCCUGAAGCCUGAGACGACGUACACAGUGCGACUGGCAGCCCUCAACGGCAAGGGUCUGGGCGAGAUCAGCGCAGCCUCCGAGUUCAAGACGCAGCCAGUCCAUACCCCUGUUCCACCGGCUCCUGCUAGCUCUUCCACUCCUGUCCCAUUGUCUCACCCAGAUACAACCUGGCCUCUUCCUGCUCUUACAACCACAGAAUCAUCUAAAGGGGAACCCAGCGCUCCUAAGCUCGAAGGGCAGAUGGGAGAGGAUGGCAACUCCAUCAAGGUGAACCUGAUCAAGCAGGAUGAUGGCGGCUCCCCCAUCAGACACUACCUGGUCAAGUACCGCACGAAACUCUCUUCCGAGUGGAAACCAGAGAUCAGGCUCCCAUCUGGCAGUGACCACAUCAUGCUCAAGUCCCUGGACUGGAAUGCUGAGUAUGAGGUCUACGUGGUGGCUGAGAACCAGCAGGGGAAGUCCAAGGCGGCUCGUUUUGUGUUCAGGACCUCGGCGCAGCCCACAGCCAUCCCAGCCAAUGGCAGCCCCACCGCAGGCCUGAGCACCGGGGCCAUCGUGGGCAUCCUCAUUGUCACCUUUGUCCUGCUCCUGGUGGUUGUCGACAUCACCUGCUACUUCCUGAACAAGUGUGGCCUGCUCAUGUGCAUCGCUGUCAACCUGUGUGGAAAGGCGGGGCCAGGCGCCAAGGGCAAGGACAUGGAGGAGGGCAAAGCCGCCUUCUCGAAAGAUGAGUCCAAGGAGCCCAUCGUGGAGGUGCGCACUGAGGAGGAGCGGACCCCAAAUCACGACGGAGGGAAGCACACAGAGCCCAACGAGACCACGCCGCUGACAGAGCCCGAGCUGCCUGCUGACACCACAGCCACUGUCGAGGACAUGCUGCCUUCUGUCACCACCGUCACCGCUAACUCUGACACUAUCACCGACACCUUUGCCACUGCUCAGAACAGCCCCACCAGUGAAACCACCACCCUGACCUCCAGUAUUGCCCCCCCAGCCACGGCCACGCCCGACUCAAACUCUGUGCCCGCCAGCCAGGCCACCCCUUCCAAGGGGCCUGGAGUGGCCACCUCCUCCCCACCCCCAGCUUCAGCCCCCAAGGUGGCCCCCCUCGUUGACCUGAGCGACACCCCGACCUCAGUCCCUGCCACCAGCAAUUUGUCUUCUAGUGUCCUGGCUAACCAGGGGGCUGUGCUCAGCCCCAGCACCCCUGCCAGUGUGGGGGAGGCCUCCAAGGCCCCCCCAGUGAGCAAACCAGCCCCUGCUCCAGCCCCCACCUCAGCCGGGGCAGCCAGUCCCCUAGCAGCAGCAGCUGCCCCUGCCAUAGAAGCCCCCCAGGUCAAGCAGGAGGCUCCCAGCAUCAAAGGCCCGGACCCUGAGCCCACCCAGCCCGGUGCUGUGAAGAGCCCAAGCGAGGCAGCCACGGUCCUCACUAGCCCGAAGAGCGAGGCUGCCUCUGUCAACGCCACACACCCUGCCCAGGGCGAGGACUUUAAAAUGGACGAAGGGAACUUCAAGACCCCAGAUAUUGACCUUGCAAAGGAUGUUUUUGCAGCCCUGGGCUCUCCUGCUCCCGCCGCUGGGGCCAGUGGACAAGCCCCUGAGCUUGCUCCUUCCACUGCAGACAGCUCUGUCUCGCCUGCACCAGCAAAGACCGAGAAGGGCCCUGUAGAAGCAAAGUCGGAGUGCCAGGAGACAGAAACGAAGCCAGCACCAGCUGAAGCGAAGACGGUCCCCAACGAUGCCACACAGACAAAGGAAAACGAGAGCAAAGCAUGAUGGGUGACGACAGCCAAGCAAAGAUCAAAAUUAAAAGUGACACCACAGCUUCACCAGAGCAUUUCCAAUAUCACACACACACACACACACACACACACACACACACACAUCUCACCCCUCUAGUGUCUUUUGCCUUUAAAACAAAACUAAACAUAAACAUGGGAUCGCCUUUUUGUAGGUUUAUAGAAAGGGUUCCUUUGUUGCGCACUCACUUGUAAGAAAAUGAGACAAAAAGGUUAACCCCACAGCCAAACUAGGACACUCCGUUCCCUGAAACCAUUUAAAAAUCAAACAAAAGGACCCCAAAUUAAGAAUCUAGGAAGCUCAGAAAAAAAAAAUCUCGGUUCAGGAAGACCGCACUUGGCAUUGCCCAAUUGGCACAGAGCAGUCUCAGAGAGAAACACUUCCAGGCACUAUAACUAACCGAUGAACAAAGUCCAAGUUUAUUUUUAUACUCUCAGUCGAGUUUGAAUUCUGUAAAAACCUCAUAAGUAAGUUAUCAUUUCUGUUCACUUUGUAUUUGUUCAGUAUGCAAAGUGCGUCACCCCUUCUAGCUGACUUCAGUUCCCACGUAGACUCUGGUUCCGUAGGAAGAAUGCCAAAUUGCAGCUUCUGGGGCUAGAUCUCAAUUUGCAGUAUUCAGACUUCUUUUUUUCUUUUCUUUUCUUUUCAUUCUUUUAUUUUCCUUUCUGCCAACUUUGCUUUCCAGUGUUUACAAGUUGACAAAUGUUUAACUUCAAUGGCAUUUCAAUGUCCACGUAAAGUAGUUGCCUUUUUUUUUUUAAGUUCCAAAUACCGCCUAGGUGGGAGGAUCACCACAGGCCUGCUUUAGCACAGAAACGUCACCCCCAUGACUGGUUACAGUGGUAAUCCCCUAUUGAGUUGAAGUUUUCGCCUGCAUCCAACUCGGGUGAAAAUCCAUCUCGUUCCGGACUGGUUUUGCUUUUUGGUUCUCGGUUCCUUUUGUGUUUCCCUGCGGGUAGACUGCUUUCUAGCAGCAGUCGCCUGGCCUGCGGUGUCUGGGAGAAGGGCUCUGCUCCCAGCGUCCUGCCCUUCCUCUUGAAAGGUUCCUUAGGCUUUGUUGACCGAGCAGAGAAGACUGUAUAGCUGCGGCUGGUCUUGGUGAACACACGUUUUGACCCCAAACAUCCCCCUUUUGUAGAAAGCCAAAUAAAAUAUAUACAUACAAUUCCUUUUGAGCCCAGAAUUUAGAUUUGAGCGGAAGAACACGUGUGCUUCAGGGAAUGAGUGUCUUUUUUUGGAAAUCUGUUGAAGUAAAGGAACAUCGGCCUUCUGUUCACUUAGGCAGCAUUUGUAGAAACAAAAGAAAAAAACAAACAAACAAACAAAAAAACCCAACCUGCUGUCUGGAGUCAUAACACAACUUUCCUGGAUUGGAAACAAAGUGGGGGAGAAAUACAGAAACUUUACGGGGACGGGAGGGGGGAGAAGGGAAAAGCCAGCCCUUUGUAUAGACAUUUUGCUUUUUUUCUCAUUCUACUUUAGAACUGCAAGCUUGUGCACUGUGGACGCGUGAAUAUUUUAGUGUGAAACGUGUUUUGUCAUAGUAUUGAAAUAAAACUUCAACAUAGUUUGGUUGUGGAAGGUAUAGCAGAUAGUUCAGAAAAAAAAUAUUCAGGAAAGAAAAUUUACUCUUAAAAGGAAUUGAAGCCUUUAAACAAAGAAAAUGAAUAAAAAUGAUUUUGAUGAUGAUGAUGAUGCUAAGUAAACAGAAGUCAGGUCUCAGCACGCGCUACUUUCCGAAGGUACAACAGCAAGAGGUGAGGGUGGCGAGACCACCGAGUCGUGCUGUGGGCCACACCCAGGUCCUGACACUUCUGCAGCCUGAUCAGUGGCAAUGUGCUAGAUUAUCAUUUCAAACUGUGAAAAAUAAUGGUCUUGUCAUUUGCUCAAUGUGGGGUUAUUUUGCAUUUUCUCAUCUCCUGGGGAUGGAAAUGGAGGAUAUCAGUCCACAGCGCUCGGCCCCUUUGAUUCUAGGGCCGCACAAAUUCUGGUUCCGAGGCACAGGCCCGCAGGCACAAACACCUUGAAGACAGUUCUUAGAGCACACAGCAGAACGGGAGCUCCUGCGUGUCAGGCGGAGGGUCCGCAAGGACUGGUGGCUCUUCUGUCACCAGGUUGUCAGUGGGAUCAGUUCUGCAUCUUGUGGUGUUAGUGGCUUUGAUCAAGGCCAAGCCCACAUUAUACCUCAAGGAGACUGCGUUUCAUUCCAAGCUGGUGUGGUUAGGCAAACUGAUUUUUGUUCCAAUGAUUAGGAAGAAAAAGAGGUAUAGUCAACCCUCAGAUAACCUGGCCCAGGACAGCGGACAGUCACCCUCCACCAAGAGUCCACCAUUAGCUGGAACCCAACCCUCUGCCCACCUUUUGGUCAGCUUCUCUCCCAGUAUACAUAGAUUUGUAUCUGCAUGCGUGAGCUUUCCUUUCCUUAAAAAUAUAAAAUAAAACAGAGCGAUGCUUUCUCUAAAAUCAAAGAGGGAGUCACUUUAUUUUCAAGAUGUUCUAUCUUUUAUGUUAAGAGAUAAAAGCUUAUAGUUUUUCUUUUUUAAUUUUUUGAAGGGGGAUCAAUUCUGCCCAUUUCCAAUGUCUAUGUGUCUAUAUGUGUAUGUGCCAUACAUAUGUAUUCACAUGAAUGCCGGCAUGGCCGAGUCCUGCUGGGGCACUCGGGUGGACGCCCGGGCCUCCGCUCCCUGGGGCCACAGUGUACGCAGUGCAGCUCUGGAAGUGGAACUCUAUUUUCACACUUUUGUAUGGAGCCUUCAAGCCCCACGUUUUCACUCUAGGCUGUCUGUCUGGAUGGCGGUUUUCAGACCUCCAUUAACAUCCCUACCCAGCAUUCCCAACUUCGGGGGCCUUCUCUCUUGUUAUAAACUUUUUACCAAGUGAAACAUCGAGACCACCUUUGUUUCCAUUCUCACUGGUGUAAAUACUGAGUACUAACUGAGAAUUUUGACUUUGCAUUCUGUCAGAAUACUUGUGUUCAAUAAAAACUGAAAGAAAAAAAACAA